GGCCAAGGGCCCGGCGCUCGGCGUUCCAGAGGGUGGGGAGGGGGCAAGUGUCAGUCAGGACGGGAGUCCGGCGGGUUACAGCGGAGACCUAAGUGGCAGACAGGGGGCCCAGGCCGCUGCGUGUUGUCCACCCAAGAUGGAGUUCCUCCUGGGGAACCCAUUCAGCACACCGGUGGGGCAGUGCCUCGAAAAGGCAACAGAUGGCUCCCUGCAAAGUGAGGACUGGACGUUGAAUAUGGAGAUCUGUGACAUCAUCAAUGAGACGGAGGAAGGGCCAAAGGAUGCCAUUCGAGCCCUGAAGAAGCGACUCAACGGGAACCGGAACUACAGAGAGGUGAUGCUGGCAUUAACAGUGCUGGAGACAUGUGUGAAGAACUGUGGCCACCGCUUCCACAUCCUUGUGGCCAACCGAGAUUUCAUCGACAGUGUUCUGGUCAAAAUUAUCUCUUCCAAGAACAGCCCUCCCACCAUUGUACAGGACAAAGUGCUUGCUCUGAUCCAGGCAUGGGCUGAUGCCUUUCGAAGCAGUCCUGAUCUCACCGGCGUUGUGCACAUAUAUGAGGAGCUGAAGAGGAAAGGGGUUGAAUUUCCCAUGGCAGACUUGGACGCUCUGUCUCCCAUACACACACCACAGCGGAGUGUCCCUGAAGUGGAUCCAGCCGCGACCAUGCCCAGGUCCCAAUCACAGCAGAGGACAAGUGCUGGUUCCUAUUCCUCGCCGCCUCCUGCUCCCUACUCCGCACCGCAGGCCCCAGCUCUGAGUGUGACUGGCCCCAUCACAGCCAAUUCAGAACAGAUUGCCAGGCUGCGGAGUGAACUGGACGUCGUUCGAGGAAACACAAAAGUCAUGUCUGAGAUGUUAACAGAAAUGGUCCCUGGACAGGAGGAUUCAUCUGAUCUGGAGUUGCUGCAGGAGCUCAACAGGACCUGCCGGGCCAUGCAGCAGCGCAUCGUGGAGCUCAUCUCCCGCGUGUCCAACGAGGAGGUCACCGAGGAGCUGCUGCAUGUGAAUGAUGACCUCAACAACGUCUUCCUUCGAUACGAGAGGUUCGAACGAUACAGGUCUGGCCGAUCGGUUCAAAAUGCCAGUAAUGGAGUACUGAAUGAAGUGACCGAAGACAACUUAAUAGACCUGGGGCCAGGGUCUCCAGCCGUGGUGAGCCCGAUGGUGGGGAACACAGCGCCCCCAUCUUCCCUCUCCUCCCAGCUUGCAGGCUUAGACUUGGGGACAGAGAGCGUCAGUGGCACCCUCAGUUCACUCCAGCAAUGUAAUCCCCGUGACGGCUUUGACAUGUUUGCCCAGACGAGAGGAAACUCCUUGGCUGAGCAGCGCAAGACGGUAACCUAUGAGGAUCCUCAGGCUGUCGGAGGACUUGCUUCUGCCCUAGACCAUCGAAAACAGAGCUCAGAAGGGACUUUUCUGUCCUCGGCCCAGAAGAGAGGUAGAGGUGGGGAGUCUGACCUGGAGCCCAUAGACAGCUGGCUCAUAACCCAAGGAAUGAUCCCCGUUGCGCAGCCCUCUGUCAUGGACGACAUUGAGGUGUGGCUCAGGACCGACCUGAAGGGCGAUGAUCUGGAGGAGGGUGUCACAAGUGAAGAGUUUGAUAAAUUCCUUGAAGAAAGAGCCAAAGCUGCUGAAAUGGUUCCCGACCUCCCCUCGCCCCCCAUGGAGGCUCCUGCCCCAGCCUCAAACCCUUCCGGCCGGAAGAAGCCAGAGCGGUCAGAGGAUGCGCUCUUCGCCCUGUGAGCAGCUCUGUGGUUUGCCUCCCCAGAUGGCGGGUCCCCGCUCGCACCCCGUGGACACCAGGCACUGGCCACUCCUACAUCCCCAGCUCCACAUGGCCUGCACACCUGUGUCUCCAUGGAAAUGCCGUGUCUGCUCCCAGGCCUCCCACUAGUCAGGACCAGCUUCAGCCACUUCUUUUCUCUGAGUGGUGGGACAGUUGCAGCCAGAGACUCUCUCCCCUCCCACCAUGGGCCCCUCUGCCCAUGUUUCCUCCCAGGAAGAGCGGGCAGAGUGGCCCAGCCCCAGGCAGUGCUUCCUGAGCAGACCACCCGGACUGUCUUUCCUCCACCCGCCCACGGAGAAGGAGCAGGCCCGGCCCCGCCCUGUGCUCACCUCUGCCUGGCUCAGCGACCUUCUCAGGCAUUCUGCCCUCCUGGGCCCCUCUCUCCCUGAAGGGGCUUUGUGGCACCUCUGGAAGAACAGGGUGUGCUGCACCCAUGAGCCUGGUCUCACUCCUUGGACUUGUCACCUUGUGACGUUUGGCUUAUCAGCAUUUGAGAAGGCUCUGCUGGGUGUCCACGGGGGGUCUCUCACCUCCUUGACCCUCUCUCCAUCACUCAGCUGCCAGCCCAGGCUUCACACCCAAGCUGGCUCAGCAGCCGAGCCUGGCACCAAGGGGCCCUGCAGGCUCCCAGGGCAGGGAGAGGGCCAAGGACAAUUGGGAGGGCAGCAGGCAGCCCACAGAUGGUGGCCAUGUGGCACGCUGCUGAGACGACACUACCAAUAAACCAAACUGCCACGCACACGCUGCAGGCUCACACCCACGCACCUGGUCCUGGCUUGUGGAGGGACUUGCACUGGAGGCAUUGCUCUGGCUUGCCUGGGGAAGUGUCACAGAUGUGCACAUGGGCCACACUCAGUGCUGUGGCCUGGCCUACCGUAGCCUCACACAUCUGCCUCAAGAGCCAGCAGCAAACAGCUUUGCGGCAUCCUUGGAGGUUCCCAGUGACUGAGAGGACUGGGCAGCACUAAGGCCCCUGCUCUGCUCCCUGGCAUAGGCCUUGGCCUCCUUGCACAGACUCUCCUGACAGUCUGGCCUCCUCCCACCUCAGAGGUCCUCUGGCUACCAAUUUAUACUCUCUCCCCAAGCUGAUCCUGAAGGCAGACAGAGCAGCUAGGGGCUGGUAACAUGUAUUCCCAUCCCGUGUCCUCACUGGUGUGUCUCCUGGCCAUGGGCAAGGGACUCAUGGGUCAUCCCAGGCCCUGGUCCAGCCAGACACCUGCCCCACACCUCUCACCAGGCUGCUGUUGCUCAGAAGGAGAAUACUGCAGUUGUGCGCAUCCCCGUGUGUCUUGGGCCCAGCUCGCUGGGUCAGUCUGCUCCUGUCCCCUCCAGCAUGCACUGCCUAGGUCAGCACAGGUUCCUGAUCCAUGGUGUAGUUAGCCCUUCCCACCUGGCAGGAUGGCCCAGACCACCAGCCGAGCAGGGAAAGGGCUGGGCUUGACGGGAGAAGAGACCAGCGACAUGGUCGUUGGGGAGCAUUCAGGGUGGCGGCUUCAGCUGGGGGUCAUGCUGAGCAUCAACAGGAACUAUUCGUGAAGACCAAGUGCUGCCUGACCCAGGACCCUGUGCCAGGCUAGCAGCCCUCCAGCUUCUUCCUCCAGAGAGGAAACCUCUGUCUGGCUGAGGGCGGGACUAGCUGGGAUGUCACACUCCAGUUCCUCAGGUUCACCCAGGAAGCUCCUCUGUGGAGCCUGGCCAGCCUGAUUCUAGCCCUGUCCUCUCUGGCAGCACGUGCCACACCUGCCUGGCCCCUCUGCUCCCUGACGCUUGAUGAGCCCCUGCCUCUCUCCUCAAUGUUUCUCAAAGACAGACCCCCCCUGAGGCCAGCUUGAAUGUGAAGACUUCUGAAGUCAGCUGGCUUCACUGGAGCUGCAGAAAAGGUAGCUGGGAUGGCCCAGGUGCACCCAGAGGCCCCAGCCCUUUGGCUGCCUUUGGGUUGUGACUUGGGUUGUCUCUGAGGCCCUGCCAGAGCUGGGCCUGCGGGUGGUGGGCAGCCAGACCUCGGGCAGUCAGUGCUCCACAGCCUCAGCACUGCAGCCCAGACCCAGUGUCCUCAGAGGGAAGAGCCAGCCUCCCUGCCUCAUGGAACCGGGAGUCCCAAAAAGUCAGGAGCCUGGAGGCUCUGAAAGCAGGGAUUCCGUAGUGUGUGAAGCUGAGAUAGGCACCCUGCUGGGGAGCCCUCAGCAAAACUGUUUUUCAUAUCCACGCCCAGAACUGCCCUACCCCAGCGCCAGCUGGUUGCCAGGCAUCAUUGGAGAGGCCUGGCUGCCCCAGGGGCAGCAGGGAGUGGUGGACCUCUAUGGGCUGGCAGGAGGCCAUUGGCCAUGCUGACAAGUGUCACCUGCCUUCCUGGCCUAGAGCCACCCCUCGGGUGGCCUGCUUGCACCUCCUAUCCGGAGGUAGCCUGCCCCACCUGUAGGCAGAGGGGGCUCUUGCUUGAGGCCUGCACAGGAAGCAAGUACAGCCCCGGUGCCCCAGAGUGGGUUCUGCUUAGCCCCGGCGAGAUGUCCUGUCCUGAGGUCUCUGCUCCCAGACCCCACCAUCUGGGGAGCACAGUCCUUAGGCUGCUUGAUCCAGGAAGGGGGCGCGGCCCUGUCAGGAAACCUGGACUCUCAAGGCCCACCAGCCUCUCCAUGAGUGUUAGAAAUCACAGAUACAGUAUAUACUUAAUUACACUAAAUUAUUGUUGGGAUUCCUUAUAAGCACUAAUUAUACCUGAUUAUAGGUUAAAAUAUUUAUUUUGUCAAAAUAUUUUCUUGGGAAUGUGUUUAACCCUUUCUGCGUUCAUUGUUGCUGAGAUGUGAAAACUAACCAUUCCCUCCCGCCUACCUUUUUGGCCAGUGGGCGGCAGAGAAUGGCGCUAUGUGCAGUUGGGCCCCCGGCACCAUGGGCCUUUGGCCUGCCUGCCGCAGAGUAGCCCUGCCUGGGCAGUCUCCAGGCACUAAGCAGGCCAACUGUGGCCAGGCUGAGAAUGACUGUCUCGCUUACCAGCAUGCAUGGGACAAGGAGCUUUGGAGUCUCAAGGGGUUCUGGCCUGGGCUAGAGGGAAAGGUGACCAUCCGUCUGUCCUCCUGUCUUUCUGUUAGCGCCUCCACGUGAGUGAUGGUGCCUUGGUUCACUAGCCUUCCCCCACCACCCCACCAUGCCACCUGGUGGUCUUGGGGCCUGUGCUGUCACUCCAGCCCCUGGGGAGGAGAGGACCCAGCUUGGAGAGUUGGGGCAAGGGCUCCACAUGGCCCAGGGGCAACAGAUGCUCGCAGGGCAGCUGCUGCCGAUGCUCAUGCUCCUGCCUCCCUUCUUCCCACUGCCACACCCCACCCUCGGCCCCCGCAGACACACAUCUCUAACUCAGUCGGGCCCAGCCUUCUGGAUGGCUUGGGGUAGGCCAUGGGCCCACCUGGGGCCAGGCCAGCCCCUGGGGCAGCUCUGGAAGAGCAGUGUGGAGGAGUGUUUGCUUGCAGCCUGGCCUCAGCCUCUGGCACUGCUGGGGUGGUCCCCGGGAGCCUCUGCACUGUCAGCUGUGGGGACGUCUCACCCACUUGGGUUACAGCCAGUCUUCCCCACCCAGAGAGAAGUGUUUCCACCCCAGAGACAUUGCCUGUCAGCCCCUGAAGUGCUCGCCUCCCCCAGUGUCCGUCACCAGCCCUUCCUAUCUGUGGGGUCCAAGUCAGGCUUCCCCUGCAGCCACCAGCCGUAGGGAGCAGCCAUCAGCCCCUGAGUCAGAACUGCUUCUGUCUGUCCAUACCUCCAGGCUCUCCCGGAGAGGGGGAUGGAUAUUUAUUUCCUAAAGUUUGCACUUAAUUGUGAGGAUUCUCAGGAUUGUUGGGGGCUACUGAAAAGAGGAAUGUGUUGAAUGUUGUGUUUGCUGUCCACUUGUCCUAGAAGUUUAGUGUUUUUGUCACUGUCGUGUGUUUCUGUGGGCAGAGCUGGUUCUGGAGGGUGGGUCAGUGCACCCGAGGCUCAGAGCAUCCAUCCACCCCACUGGCCUCCUUCCAGAUACCCUCUCUCUAGUUGGGUUCUUGCAUGUAAAAUACUCCACAAUAAAUAAAUAAUUGAACAAA